GAAUAGAAUUUGGUUACGUUUUUUGAAAAAGGAAGAUUCUGACAAGCUAAAAACCUGACUUUUUUUUUUAAUCUAGGUUAUCUAGAAGAGGUCUAUUAAUCAUGGUGUUUGUGAGCAGUAUUGUUUUGCCUCUGUUUGUUCUCAUGAGUGUCAGCAAUGGACAGAUAGUUGAGAGGACGUAUUCCGGCAAGAUUGAAGUUAGUAACGGAAUGGGCUGGGGCUCAUGGGGAUAUCGAGAUAUGUGUCCCUAUGGAACCUAUGCUACAGGAUUUAGUCUCAAAGUUGAAGCAUCACAAGGAGAUGGCGAUGACACAGCUCUAAAUGGAAUUGCCCUUCGCUGCACUAAACCCAUGGGCUCUACAAGGGAUCCUCAGGGUUAUUCAACAGUCCUAUCUGAUGCUGGCAGCUGGGGAACUUGGACACAGAACAUUUGGUGCUCAAAAGGUGUGCUGCAGUCAUUUCAACUGCGUGUUGAAUCCAGUCAAGGACGUGGUGAUGAUACUGCUGCUAACAACAUAAGGUUCACAUGCACUGGAGGGGAAAUGCUGACCGGCAGCGGCAUGGACUGGGGACAAUGGGGUGGAUGGAGUCAAAAAUGUGUUGGAACAGGAAUUUGCGGAAUCCAAACAAAAAUAGAGUCACCACAGGGUUCAGGAGACGACACUUCUCUUAAUGACGUCAUCUUUUUCUGCUGCGAAUAAGGUUUGA